UGCAAGUUAUUUUUCAGUGCGCAUGCGACUUUGCAUGGCGGUACAUUUCAAUGUUGUCGUUUUAUUUGGGCCACCUUUUUCGGGGAAAACAAGGCAUUGUCUAAAGAAAUAUGUAUCAGCAGGCUUCGAAAGAAUCUGUCCCACAGAACUUUUUUUGGCCAAUAAAAAUCUUGGAAUGAGAGACAUUUCAGUUCAAAUCUCAAGAUUGCUGGAAAAGGGAAAGAAGGUUGUCAUUGAUGAUGAAAAUUCUUCUGUCAAGACAAGAAAAUCAUACAUCAAUUUUAUAAGAAGAAAGUUUCCAAGAAGCAAGUUUCAGUUAGUGAAGUUAUGUCCCUUAGGGGGCUAUUUCCAGUGCAUGUGGAGUCGUGAGUUUGUGCUUGCAUCAAGUUGUGAUGUGAAAAACAUUUGUAAAGACCAUCACAUUGCCAAGUGGUACGAUAAAGAUGACCCUGACAGCUGUUCUUUCAACAACACUUAUGUUGACGAGCCGGAUGCUAGUGAAGGGUUUUGCAUUGAUGAUGAAGAGUCAUUUUUAACAGCAGUGACUCCCGUUAAGUUUGAAGUGCCAGCAUUGUUUCUUCAGUGGGAGGGUGUGUCUCCAGAUGAUGACCCUCGCCCUAUAGACAGAAUAUCAGCCGUUUGUAAACAAUGGGAGGCAGCAAAUCCAUGUGGCCGCAUAUUUAUUAUAUGCGAUGGCCAGAAUGUUUCUAAGGGUUUGGUAAAUGUCCACGAUGAAGAAUCUUCUGUUAAAACAUUUUCAAAACAGCUUGUCUUCGAGGUUCCUAUCCCAGUGUAUGUAUUUCAGCUGCACCAGCCAAUAGAUGUAGGUAGAUUUUGUAGUCCGCCAAAUCCCGGCAUGCUUGCUUACCUCCAGAAACGCCACUGUCUCGACUUACACAGCAGGUCAACACUCUACCUGUAUGAUUCUUCUGGUCAUAAGAAUAUGGCAGAAAAAGCAGGUGUUCGACAUAUCAAGCUUGAAAGAGCUUGUCAGCAUCCAAAGCUGGUUGUCACUGGACAUGCUGCCAAGGUGCCCACCAUCCCGCCAAUGCUGCAAACUCUGGUUCUUGAGAGCGAGGGCGAUGACAGAACUCCGGAAAUUCCUCUCUAUGACGUCAUUGGAGAAUUUAGAAAUAAUUAUGUAGUACAAGAUCUUCCCUGUGGUAGACGGGAGUUCCUCUUUGCCGAAGAUACAAGCAUGAUUGAAAGAUAUCAAACCCUGUAUUCUGAAAAUGCCACACCAUUGGCAGAAACAGACAGCAGAAUUGAGAAACUGAGGUUGAAACUUGCCACAAAGCGUACGUUACAAUUGUCAUAUCUCCAAGAUAUGCAGCCAUCGUCGACAGAUUCAGAAUCGGCAUCGACAAAGACCGCAUCGUCACGAGACCUGCCGAAAUGGAUGCUGGGAAAGAGAAAGUCUGGUUCAGUUUCAAGUCUCCAGAGGAGUGAUAGCACUAGUUCAACAGAAGUCAAGAGCAGAAAAAGAACAACAGUGUAUUUGAUGACAGAAAAGGAGCUAGUUGAGUGUGCAAAAGAAGUUCUAAAACAGGCUGGAAGGGAAGAUAUUUUACAAAGGAUUGAAAAUGAAAAGAACAUUAGAGAAGAUUUUGAGGAAAGUAAAAAGAAACCAUCAAACGAAGAAAAUGAAUUUGAUGCUGAUAUUUCAACAUUAAUACCAGAAGCUGCAAGUCCGCAUCGGAUGGAAAAUACUUCGAGUAAAGUUUCUCUGGACAGUGUGGAAGGAAAAGUUCAGGUGAAAAAGUCAGAAAUGGAAAGAGAACAAUGUGUAAAAGAAUUACCUGAUAAAGACAUAGUAGUAAUAACUCAAGAGGAUGGGAAUAUUAGUAAUACACUAUCACAACUUUGCACCAGUGAAAGUCUAACAGCAGCUGGAGAAGUGAAAGUCUAUGGUAAACGGCGAACUGGAAGUAAUAGUGUUAAGCCCAGUGAUGAUGUAAGAUCUAGUACUGUGUGUACCAACUUGGGUGACAUUGGAGCGAUGUUGGACGCACUAUUUGAUGACCAGACACAAAGAAAAGAAAAAGUGACCCCCAAAAAGCAAAGAUUCAAUCUCCGGAAUGACAGUGAUGACACUUGAUCAGUGCAUGUGUUAAACUGGACAGAAGAGAGCUACUAUAGGCCGUAUGAAGAGUGAUGUUCAUUCUUGGCUUGUUUACUUAAAACUCUGCUGGCUCUGAGUAACAUGUUAAAUCUCAUCUCCAUCAUGAGGAGAGUUCUAGGAUUAAUUACAGCGAAACACAUUGCUGCUUGUAAACUGUCAGAACACUUGUUUGGGAGACAUCUUCAGAUAACAUGACUAAUGUUAGCAAGGUUUUUUUAACCCUCAUAAACUUGAUGUUUAUGUCCUGCUUACUGGGUAUAAUAAAGUUAAGUGAUAUACUG